GGAGGUAAUUAAGCUCUACGCUUUUCUCUCUGCAAUUACUCCUUGAGAACAUCUCUCUCUAGAACCUUGAGUAUUGCUGACUUGAGCGUCGGAGUGUUUUCCCCGAGGAACAUCCUCGAGAUUUAUAGGUGUAUGAGCAGCUGAGGACUUCAACAGUGUUGGAUUGUGAAGCUGCCCAAACAUUUGGCGCCGUCUGUGGGCACUCGAACAAGAAGUUGCGUGGCUUAACUUGCUGAAAGACAAUAUGGUUCGUACCUUUACAGGAGGUCGCCCUCCAAGAAAUGAAAUGGACGAACAGGAGGACGCUCAAGUAUCUGAGCCCGGCUUGAAUGACUUUAGGCCAAUGCCAAGAAACCUUUUCGUCGGGGGAGCAGAACAGGAUCACCUAAGUGAAACAGAUGAUGAUGAGAGAACACCAACUGGGUAUGCAACUCAGCCCGAACCUUUCCAAGUUCCAACAAGAACAAGACAAAGACCUUCUAGACAGUACAAUUCACAGCAUGAACGACUUGAGAGAUCAAUAGAACCCGCUCGGACAACCGAGCUCGAAGAGAAAACUAGAAUUCUCGAAAUGGCAAUGGGUAAAAUCCUUGCCCGCCUGAUUCCUGACGACCCCUUGAUUCCAUUGUUGAACAAGGAUGCACAGCCAGCUGCGGUUGUUGCAACUCGAAACUCCCCUACUCUGAGCAACAUAGUGCUAAGGGACGUACAGAAAUCUAUCGACGAGUUGAAAAGUCCCAGGUCGCACCAACAGACUCUUGAGUUGGACAGUGCUCCUUUAAACCUAUCUAUUACAACAGAGCCGUAUCAAGAGGGAUUCAAAAUUCCCCACCUGGAGACAUAUGAUGGCUCGGGCGACCCUGAUGAACAUCUGCACACUUAUCAAGCCAUCAUGAGAAUCCAGAAUGCCAAUGAUGCCAUGAUGUGCAAAGUGUUCCCAGCAACACUCAAGUCAACAGCCAGGAGAUGGUAUCACAAACUCCCUAGACAUUCCAUAGACUCAUAUUCCCAGCUCGCCAAGCUAUUCUCCAACAAAUUUGCGAGCCAAAGGGAGAUUAAACGUACAGCAACCGAACUAAUGCAUGUUCAUCAGAAAGAGGGAGAAUCUUUGAGGGAUUACAUGAAACGAUUCAACAAAGCUACUUUGGACAUUGAUAACAUCCCCGAUACCAUUUGCUUAUCUGCCUUGUUGCAUGGCCUGAAGCCUGGCCGGUUUUUGGACGACCUGUUGGAGAAUCCACCCAAGUCGUGGAAUGAAGUAAAUGACAGGUCGGCAAGCUUCAUAUUGUCCGAAGAUUUUCAAUUUUCUAAGAGACGAGCUGAUGACAAGCAGGGAAAAGAGCCCAAGCAGCCUGAAAACAGAGAUGACAAGAAGAAACAGAAGGUUGGCGAGCAGAGAGGGAAACCGCCUUCCUAUCCAAAAUAUGAUAGCUACAUCCCCCUGAGCUCGUCACGAUCCCAAAUAUUGGCACAGAUACAGCAUUGGGUCAAGAGACCCCCUCCACAAACGCACGAUUCUUCACAAGCUGACAGAAGCAAAUACUGCGACUAUCACCGUGUCUACGGCCAUAACACAGAAGACUGUCAGAGUCUGAAGGACGAGCUCGAAUUCUUGGCUCGCAAUGGGAAAUUGGAGGGUAGCAGUCCAAAUUCUUACCAGGCAGGUCCAUACUCAUCUGAGCCGAACCGAGCAUACAGGGGACGCCCGUUCAAUAGGCGUGGACAAGGACAGAAAGCACCUGCACAGAACCAAAAGGACCACAGAGGGGUCGGGUAUGGUGGAAUACCCCCGCCAUCUGGCACAAUCAAUAUGAUCUGUGGUGGUAUGCAUGCAGGAGGUCAAAGCGCCCGAGGCCGUAAGGCAUACGCUCGCCAGGUGAUGACAGUAAAUAAGAACCGGCCUCUUAAGCGCCCAUUUGAGGAAGCGGAGUGGGAGAAUGCGGCUAUAACGUUUAGCCCGGCAGAUUACCAACGAGCAGGAGAGCCUGACGUCGUGAUGCCUCAUGCAGAUCCUUUUGUAGCAACAGUUCAUAUAGGCAAUCAUAACGUCAAUAAGGUCUUCAUUGACACUGGCAGCUCGUCCGAUAUCCUGUAUUGGAGCUGCUUUCAAAAGAUGCAGCUGAACCCCAGCUCGUUACAAAAAUAUGAAGGGCCUAUCUAUGGGUUUGACAAUCAACCCGUUCCAGUGGAGGGAGUAAUUACACUUCCCAUUUAUGUGGGUUCAGAACCACGCUUCAGGAUGGCUUUAGUCAGCUUCCUGGUCGUCAAAAUGGAGUCAGCCUUCAACGCCAUAUUAGGAAGGGCCACUCUGUGCGAGCUGAAGGCUGUUAUCUCACAACCCUAUCUCUGCAUGAAAUUCCCAAUGCCUCAGGGGGUAGGAGUGCUAAAGGGGAAUCAGAAGAUGGCAAGGGCAUGUUAUCAAGAUACAUUUAAGAAGGUUGAGUUCGCUGUAGCCCUAGGAGACUCCUCUGAAAGUAGAAGGCCGACUCAGCCCGGCCAACAGAUAGUGAGCAUAUCGGACAUUGAGCAUAGACCUGAGGAUGAAAUGCUUGGCAUCCCGGCAGAGUUGACAGUCCACAAACUCAGCACGGACCCCACCAAAAGGCCGGUGGUACAGAAGCGUCGCCUUUUUGGCCUUGAGAAGCAGGCUGCUAUAGAUGAAGAAAUACAAAAGCUACUACAGGCAAGCUUCAUCAGGAGAGUGGAAUACUCUGAGUGGGUGUCCAACCCUGUGCUCGUCAAAAAACCGAAUGGCAAGUGGAGGAUGUGUAUUGACUUCACCAACCUAAACGAGGCGUGUCCAAAAGACCCUCACCCCUUGCCAAAUGUUGAAAAGCUAGUAGAGCAGGCAGCCGGGCAUGAGCGGAUGAGUUUCCUUGACGCUAGCUCAGGGUAUCACCAGGUUCAGUUACUGCUAGAUGAUCAGGAGAAAAUAGCUUUCUAUGCUGGUGAUGCGAUCUACUGCUAUGUCAUGAUGCCGUUUGGCUUGAAAAAUGCUGGCGCUACAUAUCAGAAGCUGGUGCAAAUCAUCUUCAAGCUGCAGAUCGGCAGGAACAUAGAAGUAUAUGUGGAUGACAUGAUAGUCACCAGUGCACGAGCUGAGGAUCAUAUAGACGACCUGAGUGAGACCUUUCAAAACUUGCGCCGAGCCCAAAUGAAGCUGAAUCCCCUGAAGUGCACGUUUGCUGUAGAAUUAGGAAAAUUCCUAAGGUACGUGGUAUCUAAGAAAGGAAUUGAAGUGAACCCAGAGAAGGUUCUGGCCGUGCAGCAGAUGGAGCCUCCCAGGACUGUAAAGGACGUGCAGCGCCUGACAGGUCGUGUAGCCGCGUUGCACAGAUUCAUAGCCAGGUCGGCGGAAAGGUGCCUACCAUUUUUCAAAGCCUUGAGAGAGCCCAAGCAUUUUCAAUGGACUGACGAGUGUCAGCGGGCGUUUGAUGAGCUCAAGCAGUAUCUGGCAUCCGCACCCCUGCUGUCCAAGCCUAUGGAAGGGGAGAGUUUAUAUCUAUACAUGGGGGUUACGAAGGAGGCAGUGAGCUCAGUCUUGCUCAGGGAAGACAAUAAGAAUCAGAAGCCCAUCUGUUACGUGAGCAAGGUUUUACAAGAUGCAGAGCAGAACUACCCAUUAGCAGAAAAGGCUGCCUUUGCCCUGAAACCUGAACUCUCUGGUCGGCUUAUUGGGUGGAGCGUCGAGCUGAGUGAAUAUGACCUCAAAUUUCAGCCACGCACAACCAUAAAAGGCCAGGCCGUUGCAGACUUUCUGGUGGAGUGCAUCUCAGCAACUAAGGAAAAAAAAGCACCCGAACACCCAGUCUGGGUUUUGUAUGUUGAUGGAGCUGCUAACAUUGAAGGAUCGGGUGCAGGGGCUGUCCCUCAUUUACGGACUGAAGCUGGCGUCCGAGCUAAAGGUACAAAGCAUUUAGGUUUUCAGCGACUCUCAGCUCGUUGUGGCCAGGUGAAUGGCAGUUGUGAAAUCAGGGAUCCCCAGCUCGGUCGUUAUGCCUCUGUGGUCAACAGAUUGAAGUCAAUAUUUGUCCUUUUCCAAAUUGAUAAAAUACCAAGAGCAGAUAACCACCAAGCUGACGAGCUGUCAAAGUUGGCCUCUUCGCAGGACCUUAACCCUCAGAGAUUGACAAUUGUCGAGAUACUCGACGCACCGAGCUACACUGAUUCCACAGUCGAAUGUCAGCUGCUAAGCACAGAUCCCUCUGCACCGAGCUGGACCACCCCGCUCAUAAAUUAUCUGCAAAGUGGUGAGCUGCCUGAAGAUCCAUCUGCUGCCAAGUUGAUUAAACGCAGGGCGGCUCAUUUUACUUUGAUAGAUAAUCAGCUCUACAAGCGGGCAGCCUCUAUGCCCCUAUUACGUUGUCUCACUCCUUAUGAAGCUGAAUAUGCUGUGAGAGAAAUCCAUGAAGAAGUAUGUGGCACGCACAUUGGAGGCAAAACCUUAGCUAGUAAGCUCUUGAGGCAUGGGUAUUACUGGCCGACUAUGGUUGAGGAUGCACAGAACUAUGUCAAAAAAUGCCCGACCUGCCAGUUCAAUGCUGAUGACAUUCACAUGCCAGGAGAAGCACUCUCACCGCUCUCAUAUCCUUGGCCUUUUGCUCAAUGGGGAGUCGACCUGCUCGGCCCUUUUGUGAAAGGAAAAGGAGGUUGCAUGUACCUCGUUGUUGUAGUGGAUUACUUCACAAAAUGGAUAAAAGCCAAACCCCUAUCCACGACGACAGAAAAGAAAAUAGAGGAAUUCCUGUUCAAUUCAAUAUUAUGCAGGUUUGGCAUACCUAAACGGAUCAUCGCUGAUAAUGGUCCGCAGUUCCGGGCCGCCGCACUGAGGUCGUUCUGCAACGACUAUGGCAUUGAGCUCUCCUUGACGUCUGUAUAUACUCCUUAGUCAAACGGAUAGGCCGAGUCCGCCAAUAAGAUUGUCUUGUGGGGCCUUAAGACGCGUGUUUUAGCCGCGCGUUCUAAUUGGGUUGACGAGCUCAAUAAAGUGCUUUGGUCUUG